AUGACGCAGCUUCAGUUGAGCGAGGAAGUGGAGCGGCGAACAUAUACAGUCCACGACCUCGUGGAGCUAAUGGAAAUGCAGGGUACUUGCAUGCGUACGAUCAAUGCCGAGCUUCGCCGUCUUCUUCAAGUAACCGGUGAGGAGCGCGACAUGGCUCUUCACAACUUUAGGGAAGAACACGCAGCGAGGGUCAGUGACGAGCAUACGCAACAAAAGAUCAAAACUCUUCAUAUUGAAAACGAUGACCUUAGACAGCGACUUGAAGAGACGCAGAGGGCAAAGAGGGGGUUGGAAGAAGCCUGUAAAAGACUUCAGGGAGAAAAGGAGGAACAUGAGACCAAUUUUGCGAAACUCAAGCAGGAAUUGGAGCUGGAUCUUAUGCGCACACAGGCGCAACUUCAACGCGUCAACAAGGAUCUUGCCGAGGCACAAAACACAAUGACAGAGUCUGACACACUACUGCAGCAGGUUCGGCUCUUUGUUCAGAUGAUAUGUCAGCCGGAUUUUUAUGUUGUGAAGGACAGGUCACUUGAACCGGUAGAUAAAAACAGACCUGGGCCGACAGGAUUUGUUCUUGUACCCUUGACAGUCUUACUUCAAGGGUACACACUGCUUUCGCCAAGUUGUCGUCAGAAUGUUGUUGACUCCUAUCGGGCCCAAUUUUCGUAA